UUCAAUUCAGACAAUAGUUCAAAAUGCGUUUCUCUUUCACUGCUGCUAUUAUCGGUGUUGCUAGUUUCGCUGCCUCUGUCUCUGCUGACUUCUACAACCGUCUUGACUUGAACCAAAGUGUCUUUUUAUUCGUUGACCACCAAACAGGUCUUUUCAACUUGGUCCAAGACUACAACCCUGAUACUUACCUCAACAAUGUAAUGGGUCUCGCUGAAACUGCCAAAUACUUUGACGUCCCUACUAUCCUCACCACUUCUCGUGAAGAUGGUCCUAACGGUCCCAUGCUUCCUGAACUCAAGGCUCUGUUCCCUGAUGCUCCUUACAUUGCCCGUCCUGGUCAAAUCAACGCUUGGGAUGAUGAAGAUUUCGUCAAGGCUAUCAAGAAGAUCGGUAGAAAGCAAUUGAUUAUUUCAGGUAUUGUCACUGAUGUUUGUGUCACCUUUGUUUCUCUUUCUGCAAAGAAGGCUGGUUAUGAAGUUUUUGUGGUCACUGAUGCCUCUGGUACUUUCUCUGAAGCUGUUCGUGAUGCUUCUUGGUUGAGAAUGCAACAAGGAGGUAUUCAACUCAUGAACUGGUUUGGUGUUGCUUGUGAAUUGGGCCGUGACUGGCGUAGAGACAUUGAAGGUAUGGCUGCUUUGUUUGCUAAGCGUUUGCCUAGCUAUGCUCAUGUCAUGGACUCUUUCAACGGUGCUCAAGCUGUUCUCAAGUCUCAGUAAGUUCAAGGUUAAGCUUUUUUGCCUUCAAAAAAAAAAAGAAGGCCGUAGUUAUAGCAUACACAGUAUUUAAUAAAGAAUCAUUUACUGCUUUAA